GGCACCGCGGUUAUAAGAGGCUCGCCUCCUGGACGGGGUUUCCUUUGCGACGGGCCAGGGGCUUGCGGAGCGGACGGGACUUGCAAGGACACGUUCUUCAACACUGCCGAGGAGACCACAGCACCGAGGAUGGGCGACAAGAAGGACACGCAGGUGAUCUCCUUCCUGAAGGACUUCGUCGCCGGAGGCGUGGCGGCGGCCAUCUCCAAGACCAGCGUGGCGCCCAUCGAACGCGUCAAGCUGCUGCUGCAGGUGCAACACGUCUCCAAGCAGCUUACCCCCGACAAACAGUACAAGGGCAUGAUCGACUGCUUCGUCCGCAUCCCCAAGGAGCAGGGCUUCCUCAGCUUCUGGCGCGGCAACUUGGCCAACGUGAUCAGGUACUUCCCCACCCAGGCGCUCAACUUCGCCUUCAAGGACAAGUACAAGCAGAUCUUCCUCGGGGGCGUCGACAAGCGGACCCAGUUCUGGCGCUACUUCGCCGGCAACCUGGCCUCCGGAGGUGCGGCCGGAGCCACGUCGCUGUGCUUCGUGUACCCGCUGGACUUUGCCCGUACCCGGCUGGCUGCCGACACAGGCAAGGGUGCCGCACAGCGGGAGUUCAGUGGGCUGGGCAACUGCCUCGCCAAGAUCUACAAGUCCGACGGCCUUAUGGGGCUGUACCGAGGCUUCGGCGUUUCCGUCCAGGGCAUCAUCAUCUACCGGGCGGCCUACUUCGGCUUCUUCGACACGGCCAAGGGCAUGCUUCCGGACCCCAAGAACACGCCGAUCGUCAUCUCGUGGAUGAUCGCCCAGACCGUGACCACCGUGGCGGGCAUCAUCUCCUACCCGUUCGACACCGUCCGGAGGCGGAUGAUGAUGCAGAGCGGGCGCGCCGUGGAGGAGCGCCAGUACAAGGGCACCGUGCACUGCUGGGGCAAGAUCUACAAGACGGAAGGCGGCGCCGCUUUCUUCAAGGGGGCCUUCUCCAACGUCAUCCGAGGCACCGGAGGCGCGCUCGUGCUCGUCCUGUACGACGAGAUCAAGUCGUUCAUCUUCUAGGGGCUCCCGGGAAGAAGAGGGAGAGAGUAGUCUUACGAACGGGAUCGGGGGAUGGCGAGGCGAGGGGUAAGCCGCGUCGAGGAACGCCCGAGGCGUCUUCUAGCCCGUCGUGCCGAUGGCUCCGCGAUUCAGAAAAAAACAAAAAACAAAAUAAAGCCAGAGGCCUGCGCAGCACACGCAACACAGUCAAGCUGCAGCAGCGGCUCCAUAGGAGCCGUGGACUGUAGGCUUAAACAUUUGAUUCUGGCUUCAGUCAUUCGAACCUUUGGGCGUAUACCAAUGAUGGCUCUGAAAAGACGGUUUAUUGCUAGCUAUCUGUACAAUAGAAUGGAAUCGGUCGUUCGGGAGAGUUGUCGGCCAUCAUUUGUAGUUCACCGACCCCACGCGACCAAGAGAAGCGUCAAGAGCCAGAAUUCGUCUUUCUUUAUUUAGCUUUCUUUUUUUUUUUUUCUUCAGCUGUAGCCACGAGAGGUUUGUAUUUUACAGCGAUCCGCGGGAAUGGGACGACAAUAUUUCGUCGCGAUACGUAAGGCAAGUGCGCUGGAACUCGAGGCGUUUCGGUUAGAAGACGCGUACGGGCCCAUAGGCCGGACCGCAUUCCUCUCGGCGUGAGGCGUCAGCGCGACCUCUGCGCGAUCCCGAAAGCCCGCCUCGUUUCCCGUUCGGGGAGACCACGGGCACCGCGAGGCUGACAGCGGACGCCUCGCGCCGAUGCGACCGGGGAUCGGUGUUAUGUGUAUAGGCAUCCUUUUGUACUCGUCUCAGUUCGUUCGUGCCACCGACCGCAUUGGAUUUGCCCUUGCGCCCGAAGGGUUGCAACGUCGCCGCAUGACGAACGCCUCAACGACCACGCGAGCCUAACGCUUUCACGCGCUCUUUUCGACGAUGUAUAGCGUUACUGUAUAGCGACACCGAUGCAGAGUUUCUCCCGUUUAUCUUCACUCUGGCUGCUUUCCGCGUGGCCUGAACUGCGUGACAUUGUAGAGGAGGAUUUUUUUUAGAGCCAGUACUUCUCGUCAGUUUCUAUACAACCAUUUGUAAAGAUCCAAGGAAGUGCUCAAAUCACACCGAUGUGUAGCGGGGCAUCGCGUGCCCGCUCCAUAAGGUCAUAGCGAGGUGUACGGCGACGAAUAGAAGAGGUGUUCGUGAUGCGACCACAGUUGCGAACCCUCGGGGACUCGAAACGCUCGCACGUCGGCAUUGCCGGUAUGCGGGCAGCCACGGCCCGUCGUAAUGCGGUGGUUCCGGUACGGGGCCCAACUAGCUCGCGGCUUGAGCCCGUCUUCGCACAAGUGUGCACGCACGGGCGUGCCUUGUCGUAUACCGCAUAGAGAAAGAGAGAACGAGUGACGCUUAGAAACACGGCAAGUCCUUGCAAGCCCGAGCCGUCACACCGACAGUCGAUGCAACAGAGCAAUAAAGAAAACAACGCUGUUGCGAUUGAUUGUAAAAAAAAAAAAAAAAAAACACGUUUGGUGGUGGUGCUUUUUUUCCCUCUCUCGCCUACCGGGCGCGCAUGCCAGCGACUGGUCAUCGAACUCAAUAAAUCUGCCAACGAGAGAACGGCCACGUU